UCAUUUAUUUUUGUAUUUAAGUUUUUAACUGUAUAGGUGAGUGUGUUUUAAACCGUAUUCUUAUACUUUGUACGGUUCUGUACAGUCCUGAUGCUCUUAAUGUGAGUUUUUAUGAAUGUUGCACCUUUUUUUUAACAUGGAAGUGUUUAAAACUCAGGGUUGCCAGAUCUCAGGGGCGUGUCGGAGAUUUAAAGUAAAAGCAAAACAAAGUAGUAAGGAAGUAGAGUUCAAACUUCAGCUGAACACACACAUGAGGUCUUCGUUUCAUAUUAAACACACUUUCUUUCUCUCAGUCUUGAAGAUUCACUCGGUGUCUGGGAUUAAUGGACAUUUUAUUUAAAUCCAUCUUCACUUUUCUUAAGGCCUGGAUGUGGUUUUAUUCUGCUUUUUCUGUUUUUGGUCUCUGGCCGUCGGAGUUAAAGGUCUUUUAAUCAGUGAUUCCAGAUACGUGAAAAGCUACAAGAUCCAAAUGCUCCUGUUCAAUUGUCUGAUGUUAACCUUUAUUGCCUUUGUGUCAGUUGAACACUUUGUGAAGAUCAGACGUAAUGAGUCGGUUACUCUGCCCUGUAAACGGAGAUGUCCUGGUUUGGUCAGAUGGGUCAUGAGCCACAGUCGAGAUGUUGUUGUUGCACAGUGUGACCAAACGUCCUGCAGCUCAGAGGCAGGGUACGACAUGUCUCACUCUCUGUACCUGAAAGCAGAUCUCUCUCUCAACAUCACUGCAGCUGAUUACCAUCAGAGAUCCUGGUACACGUGUCAGUGUGAUGGUAAAGACGUCUGUGACGUGCGCCUCAGUGUGGAGCGUGUUAACUUCAGCAAAGCGCUCAAACCUGGAGAUUCACUCACUGUGGAUUUGCUGAUCUCAGAGAGAGUAAAGAUCACAUUUAACAGGAGUCAUGAUGAUGGAACUCAGAGCUCUGUGACACUCUGUACAGUCGAGGGACGUGACGUUGUCUGUAACCCAGAAUAUAAGAAGAGAACCUCUUUCCACUCGUCUUUCUCUCUGACAGAUUUAAAGGAGAGUGACUGUGGUGUCUACACCGUGUGGGACACUGAGAAUGAUGAGAUCAUAUCUACAUACACUGUCUCACUCACAGGAAAGAACAGACCUCCGUCUUUACAAGGUGGAGAGUCUUGCAGCAGCUUGCUUGUUGCAGUCGUGUUCUUUUUGGGUUUGGUGCUUGGCGUUUUACUGCAGAUUUUCGUCUUUCCAUGGAUAUCAAAAUGGUUUAAUCGGGCCAAGAAAAAAAUAUCAAAGAGUUUUGAGUGUAAUCAGACCACUGCAGAGGAGAAUUAUGAUGAACUGAGUCGGGCCGACAAACAAAACAAAAGUGUAGCCUAUUAGCAGAAAGGGGCGUGUCUUGUCAAUAUGCGGUGGAGAGAGUCUUCAGUGCGCAUGUGUGACAUUAGCAGAAAGCGAUUGAAAGAUUGACAUGGCGGAGACCUGCCGUUACCUCUGCCUCAGGUUCUAGGUGUUGAACGUCGUCUUCCGCGUGAAACGGAGCUAAACCGUUCACGGUACAACACACAGUACUACAAAAACACAUUUGUAUUACCAUAGUAUUACUCAUUGAGUUCAUUUAUUGAUAAAAAUAUCCUCUCGGCCAGCUGCCCCAGCAGGUUCCGCCAUAAUAGUUGCCUGGGUUGUUUUCCUCACUAACAUCUGCCGGUUGUUUUAAUAAAAACCUGUCUGGUCGGCAUAUCAGAUGCGGUGUAGUCGCACAAGUUCAAAUUUCUUAACGGAUUCAACGCUUAAAACGGAUCUGAAAAUUACGGAUCCGCAGAUGGUCGGCACCUCGCAGCGCCUUUGCGACUCUCCAUAGGAAAUGAAUGACUUCCGUUUUAUCGGCCGUCGUUUGUCGUGUGCAGUUGAAAGGCGGCUUUAACCGAGUGAGACGCGGGAAGCUGAGGCGGGGGAAACAGCACACGUGGUUGUUGGGGAUCUUUGUUUCGGCGGCUCGGAUGCUCGUAUCUCAAAAAUUUGCUCGUAUCUCAAGCCAAAAAUAUGGUCGAAUCACAGCUCGUAUCUCAAAAAAUUCGUAUGUCAAAGCACUCGUAUCUCGAGGCAUCACUGUAGUGUUAAUUUCGUCAGACGAGACGAGAUGAAAUAUGUUCGUCAACAACCUUUUUUUUCAUGACUAAGACGAGACGAUGACAAGACUGCACCACUGUCCAAAAACGCUGACUAAGACUAAAUUAACAUGCAUUAUUGUUGACGAAAAAAGACGAGACGAAAAUGUUUUGUAUAAAAUAAAAACUAAGAUAAAAUCUCUUCAUUUUCGUCUACAAUUGAGUCUGCUUUUUCAUCAGCUGUUACGCCUUUAAAAUAUUCACGAGUUUGCGGCUUCGCUGUUGCUCAAGUUACAGGUCCGUGAAGCGGAUCCCGCUUAUUAUAUUGCUACCUACCAAAUAAAUCAAUAAUUUGACACAAAAUGAUGAUGUAAAAAGGAGUUUAUUGAUUUAAAAACGAUUGUAUUGCUUCCUCUAAAGAAAAUAGUGCGCUCCGUCUCUACGGUUAGAAUCUUGUGUGUCCAUGGCAACGCUCUGUUUUUCAUGGCAACGGUGUGUUAUAGUUCGCAGCGGUCUGUUAUCAAGUAAUAAAAUAGUGUGUGCGUAGGAAGAAUUCGUCCACACGCCGCUCAAAAUAAAUAAAUAAAUGAAUAAAAACUCCUGAGCGCAAGUCCACCCUAGGUCUAGGCAGGCUUUUUGUGUUAAAUUAUAUUUCCUGUCGCUGCGCAGGCUCUUUUAUUGUACAUGACAGCUUAUGUCCCAAUGACCGGUCUUUGCAUUACAAUUAAAAGCAGUAUCAAUAAAGUAAAAAUUGUGAUGUGCAGUCAAGUUCGAGUGUAUGCACUGUUUAAACAAGUGUUCUCAACUUCUCACUGAUACUUUUGUGAUUCGUGGAGUUUUGACAAGUUUUAUAGCCUUGAUAUUGUUGCUUAUUCAAAAGAGGUGACAGAAAAAACUCAGCACCCCCAACCUGAAACCUCUUCCCACCCCCCCGUCACAAUCACAUCAUAAUCAAAAUGAAUAAUUAGGAUUAAAAACAAAUGUAUAUGUGAGGGAAUCAAGUUUAACAAUUACAUGUAAUAUUGCUCCAAAUAUCAAUAAUGGUGUGGUCUUACCAUGUAUUGGUAUCCAGAUGUGGUCAAGCUACAAUUUUCUGACUAAAACUAGACUAAAAUUAAAAGACUUUUAGUCGACUAAAACUUGACUAAGAUACCUUGAGUUUUCUUUUGACUAAAACUAGACUAAAAUGACGGGACUUUUAGUUGACUUAAACUUGACUAACAAAAAAGAUAUGUGAAUGACUAAAUAUGACUAAAACUAACAAGGACAUUUGGCACAAGACUAAGACUAAAUUAAAAAUAGGUGACGAAAUUAACACUACAGAGAGAUAUGUGUUUGAGUAUUAUAUGUCUUUAUUUUUGUAGUUUUCACAGUAUCUUUGUAAAGAGAGAGAUAGAGCAAAAUACAUUUCCAAAAGACAUCUGUAUGAUGAUCUGUAUGAUAUGAAUGUUUUUAUAUAAUUAUGUGCUUUUGCAUUAAAUACUGUGUCAGACUUGGGAGAAAGAACAAGAGGCCCUCGUCCCAGUCGUUAACUUUGUAUGUGUUACAAAGAUGGGAACUUUAGGGGAGUUUAAGAGCUGAAAAUGGAAUGUGGCCUUGCUGAGGAGAUAACUCAAAGGGAUACAUCUUUAGUAACCAGGGAGGGUGCAUGAACACACACACACACACACACACACACACACACACACACACACACACACACACACACACACACCUGGGGUACAAAAGAGAGAACUAAAACACUAGAAUUUGCUUUUUCACUGUGUAGAAUUUGUACUGUAUGGAAGAUGCCUUUUUCUGCAGAAAAAUAAAAAACUUUGCUUUUACCA